AUGCCCUAUCCGAAAAUCACCAUAAAGUUUUGUAUGAAAUGCAAGUGGACUCUGAGAAGUGCGUGGUAUUUACAAGAACUUCUGCAAACGUUUGGUGAUUCACUCAAGGAACUGUCAUUAGUGCCCGCAGAAGUUGGAGAGUUCAAGGUGCUUGCCUACAGAGAUGCGAAUGAACCUGAAUUACUAAUAUGGGACCGUCGAUUAGAAGGUGGGUUUCCGGAUAGUAAGGUUUUGAAACAGAGGGUGAGGGCUGUCCUUUUCGAAAAUAGUGUAGCAGUAGGAUCUCAUAUUGCAAGAAAAGUAGAAAACAAGCUACUGAUUUCAGCGCAGGACCACUCAGAAGGAAUAGUAGAAGCUCCUGAUUGCCCUGAUUGUACCCUUGAUGUUUCGAAAGACGAUGAAUGA